GUUCAACGUUUAUAUAUACUCCCUCUGAUGUUUUGCGAAGCGUCCAUCUUUGAAUUUGAAAAAGGAUGUAACAAAAACAUGUGAGCCCAGGUACAUGUGAAAGAUGAAUGGUGAAACUGCUCAGAAGAUGGCCCAAGAUGCCGUUCGUUGCAGUCAAUGCACAAAUGUGGUCGUUGUUUAUUGUAGAAGUUGUGGUGUUAACCUUUGCAGAGAGUGUAGAAGCAAACAUUUAGAAAAUGAAUCAUUGAAGCAUGAAAUUGAGCCAUACAUGCCGCAAGCUUCCUCUACAGACAAAUGUAAAGAUCACUCGAAAGAAAAUGUCUUGUACUGUCAUGAUUGUACAGUUCCUAUUUGCUUUGAGUGUCUUUUGGGAAAUCAUGAGGGACACAGAACUGAAAAUUUGUCAAAAAUUACCAAAACAACUCAAAGCGCCGUCCAGAACGAUUUGCUUGAAUUAAGACAUUUCAAAAAUGAAUAUGAAAAUGUGGUGCAGAAAAUGAAAUCAAAGUUUUCUGAGUAUGCAGAAUACAGUAAAAAGGAAACAGAUUCUCUAGAAGAGUUGAGAGAAGCCUGGCACGAGAUGGUUAAUGUUACGAUAAACAAAUUCAGAAAGAAUAUUAACGACAUGGUCGAAGAGGACAAUAGAUACAUGCAGGAUAGUAUAGAAGAAAUUCAAACUAUUUUACAAAAUGUGGAACAUUGCAUUCAGAAAAACGAGAAACUUUUGAAAGAUAACAAUAUCUUGAACCUCCUUAAGUACGAGUCUACGAUCGAGGAAUUGCGACUUGUUCCUAGUAGAAUAGAAAUCCUACCACCAAAAAUUAUUCCGUCAGAUGUUAAAGAAGAAGAAAUUAUGAAGCAGCUUUUGACACUCAAACCCUCCAAUCGAACAACUCUACCAGAAUUUGCCAUAAGUAAAACCUGUAGCGUAUCGGCAGUCUCAGCCCGAUUGCUACUGAAAGAACCAAAAAUUUUAGCUACUCUGAAAACAAACAACCGAAAAUUAAAAGGAAUUUGUUGUGAAUCCACAGACAGGGUGUGGGUUUAUGGAGAUGAUGAAAAACUGAAGCAGUUUGACAAGCUUGGCACCCUGCUGAAUUCCAUAACGGCAGUUUCAGGAAAUAGUCAGAAAGAUAUCGCGGUAAACAAAGACGGCGAUAUUGCUUUUCCUCACAUAACGGAUGAAUGUAUUAAAGUAUUCAGAAAAGGUCGCGUCGAGAAGAUGGUAGAGCUGGCUGGCUGGAUUCCAUUUGGACUUUGCUUCAACACAGAUGAUGCCUUGAUGGUCUGCAUGCGACGAACUGACUACUCAGAGGCCAAGAUUGGCAUAUUUUCUGGAGGGAAUUUGAUAAAAGAAAUUCAAUUUGAUGAUAAGAAAAAGGCACUGUUUUCAGUGGGUCGAAACAAUAUGUACAUCACCGAAAAUGGAAAUGGGGAUAUUUGUGUGUCCGACUGGAACGCCUCUGCUGUAGUCGUGACCAAGAAAUCCGGAGAAUUUCGAUUUCGUUACACCGGAAAUCUCUCUCGCAGCCACAAAGAAUUCUAUCCACAUGGAAUAGAUACUGACAACUAUUGUCGUAUUCUCAUUGUUGAUCGCGACAAUGAUUGUGUCCACGUGGUUGACAGGAACGGGAAGUUUUUACGCUACAUCAACUGCAGUUUGAAAGACCCAUUCGUUAUCAGUAUUGAUAGCGACGAAAACCUCUGGGUUGGAGAGAAUAGUGAAGCAUGCAUCAAAGUUAUUAAGUAUUUGGAUUGAUAAUGAUAUAUACAGAUUUUAUUUACUAUGAAGAAAACAUUUUCUUUAUUAGUCUCCUAACAUGUGUGUCUUUAACGCGCAUGCGUCUUUUCACUUAGAAAAUGUUCUGACCCGUGUUUUCAUUGUCGUAUAAAGCUUUUCAUAACUUUAAGCAGGAGUUACGUUUCUUUAAAUAUAAGUCUUACUUCUCACGUUUGCAUUGUACCAGGCGCCUUUGGGGAAGUACAGAUAAGUGACAGCUAAUUGGAAUUGAACACAAGUAAAUAUCAAUUCAACAUGGGUGAUGCGUAUUACUUUGUAUGUAUUUUUAUGAACUUGUUAAUGUAUUAUUAUUGCUUUUAUUAUUGCUUUUAAAUCAUAUUUUUUUUCUUCAUAAUAUUAUUACAGAGCAAAUUUAACAUUUUAAAACAAAUAUUUUUUUAAUAUAUUGAACUAAAUUUGGACUUUUACCUGUGAAUUUCUUUAUCUUUUUUCAUUGUGUCCUUAUUAUUUAAUUUAUUGUUACUUGUUUAUCUCAUUCCCAUUGAUACAGGAAUAAGACAUUCCGAAUGACUGAAGUAACUCUAUCAAAAGAAUUGAUACUCAUUAGGUGUAAAUGCAUCAGGACUCGUUAACUUCUAUUUGAUAACAUGUAUUUAAUAAUGUAUUUCAUGUCUAUUCUAUCAAAGAAACACACCUGUCCAUCAGUUAACUCAGCUAGUUCAAAUUCGAUUAUUGUUUACUCUCAUAUCUUACCAAAAUCUAUGUACGUAAUACUUUCUUCAGCUUGGAGGUCCGAUGCUCUAUCGGCCACAUUUAACUCGUUUAUGACUGGACUCGUUAUAAUAUUUUUGAAAUUCGUGUUGCUUGUUAUGAACCUUCAUUUUUGUAUUUAGUAAAUUGGGAAACCUGA